CGGGCGGUAUCGUAUCGUAUUCAGUUCGUUUUCUCCUAUCCUAUUAAUUUGUCCGUUUUCAUCUCCGUUUAACCGCAUUUUAACUCGAAACGCGUGUUCGGCGAUUAAUUAAAAUUCGUUCGGGGUAAAUGAUAUUGUGAAAAUUAUUAAUUAUAUUUUACGGUGAUUUUUUUUGUUUUUGUUUUAUUGGAAGUAUUUUUUCGCGACGACGUGCUCGAGUGGGUGUUACUUUGUUUUGGAUUUUACAAGUUGCAGAGGAUAAGAGAGAAAAAAAACAGAGAGGGAAGCAAUUACCGACGCGAAUCCAAUCAAACAAUAUACGACUCGUUGAACUUUCUAAAAGUGUUUUAAAAAUUCAUACCGAAGCGUCAGCGUCGCUAAAAGUACCAAUCGAAGAAGUACGAGUAGAAUUCGCUUCGCGAAUGCGAAUGUGCGGAUUCGUACACAACUGUGUAUGAACACCAGCGAAACGACGAGCAAUUUCAAAGUUAAAAUGAUCAGUCAGUUUUGAAAAUCUGCGCUAACGUUGAACUGUCAAAUUUUAAAGACAGUUUCAAGCUGAUGCUUCGAGAUAAUCGUAAAGCAGUUAACUAUGCCAGAAGACGAAACAGUGUUUCUACUCAAGCGAACUUAUGCCCAUCCGAAGCAACCGCCUACGAAUCCGAAGACGAAGCAACCAGUAGAAGAAGAUCGAAACGAGGAACGCCUCUGUACUCGAAGCAGGAUAUACGAGAACAAUAUUGUAUAUCGGAUAAACAAGUCCAUGUAUUGGAGACGACCAGACAACCUCCCGGACUUUUCGGAUGUAUUUCAUCGCGAAACGAAUCCGCAUGCACGAGUCACAAUGCAUCGGCUAAUAUUUUAUCCGUAUGCGUUAAAAGAAAAAUGCCGAGUGAUGAAAACCUAUACGAGCUGUCCCGCAGACCGCAGUCGGACUACGCACCGUAUCCACGCUGGAGAACACCUUAUCCACCUUUUAUGCCUCAUCCGCACUGUCCUUACAGAGAUCAGCUUUAUUACAUGAGGCAAUAUGCACCCUAUUAUUUCGAUUGGUUACCAGAAGAAGAUGAAAUAUCUAGAAUGGAUGUGAACCGUCAGUCGCUACCACCGGGGCUGCCGGGUCCGCAGUCGCAGCAGCAACAGCAACAGCAGCAGCCACAGCCGCCGCAGCCACAUCAACGACGUCCAUUCGAGUACGAAAAUAGUCCGGCGUACUUCAACCAACGAAGGUUACCAUUCGUUAAUUAUAAUAUGGAACAUAUCAUGACUCGAAAUCCCUCAUGUCCUGCUCACCAAAAUUUACCAGCGCCUCCUCCGCCUCCUCCUCCACCCCCUCCGCCGCCGCCACCACCUCCUCCACCACCAACGUCACUGCCACCUCCUUCGACACCAAAACCACGACACGUAAGUUUUGCGAAAUCUCAUACGUUGGCCUCGUUCGACGACACAGUCACCAAUAUUACAAGCACGCCGGGAAGCGGUUGCAGUCACGAACGAUUGCUAGAUGGUAAAAAGGUACCUGUCGAGCCGCCUAAAGAAGUUUCCAAAGUUGUCGUCAUGGAGAAGGUGAAGAAAAUGACGAUGAAAACUCAAGCCACGCAAACUGAAGUUUGUUUGGGAAGAAAGCCAUUACCACCCAAUUUAGUUUCAUUAAGUCCUCGUACCGUCCAUCAAAGUGCUCAAACAAACGGAGAUCGUAAUUUUAAUAGAAAAUUAACAAAAAGCUAUUCAGAACUAUACCAUCCUUAUAGUGAAAAUAAAUUUCAAUCGGAAGACGGAAAAGAAUCGAAGGAUAAACACGAGCCUUUAUUACGAACUCAAUCAGAAGAACCUCCAAAAUCACCUUUUUACUUUACAAGCCCGAAAAAGAACAACGCUGAAAUUUUGAUUAAUUUCGAACCGCAAAGGCAAAGUAAUAAAAAACCCUUAUUGAAAACGUGUUCCGAUGGCGAGAUAAUCAGAAGAAAAAAUAUGGAAAAAGAAGACAGAGAAUCGACCGUGUCAGAUUGCGAAAUAUGCUAUCAAAAUAUAUCCGACGAAGACGAACAUAGCGAUAAAUCUUCUCAUACUUCUACGAAACCGUCUUCGAAUAAACAGCUGUCGAAUUCCGAAUCGAUUGACGAAGAAUUUCACGAGAAUUUGAUUUACGAUCGGCUAUAUAGGCAGCAUAGUGCUUCGUCAGCGGAUAGUUUGGAAUGCAGGUUGGAUGAGCCGGAAGCCCAACAGUAUAGGAAAUCUCCUUCGAUAUCCAAUGAUUCGUUGGAUACCAAGGAUCACAGCGAUGGCAUGUGGAAUGAAUCAGUUACUACGGUUUUGCCAGCCGAUUCGGAUAACAAUGGAGUAGCAACGUGCCCGAGUUGUUCUGAUUUAAGUUCACCUUUAACACCAACUGCCAAAAUGACAUCUUCGUCGAAACGUCAACUUUUACUACUGCAGCAUCAACAAAGAUCUUCUAUUGAUACCGAAGCCAUUGAUAUUGAUGAUAGUGAUACGAAACAGGCUCACAUUUUACCACCUCCUAUCGAAGACGUGUCCCGUAAUCCGAUACGUUUCAAGGAAGAAAUGAAACAAGAGAAUGGAUUUUUACCGAAUCGGAAUCGCAUCGGUUUACACGACUCGUACGCAAUUAAUACGAUCAAACGACAGAGUCCAGAAUGCGUCGAUUUGAACAUGCCGGAAAAGCAUCCUUCGCCUUAUGAAGCUCAGCACUCUCUGUCAAGAACAGAUUCUAAUCGUACUUAUCAGAACGAUAUGUCAGAGACGUCGACUACUGAUGGAUAUAUUACCGCCACCGAUAGCAUGUCUGGUGUCACAAACACAGCACAAGGGCCAUCUCAUACCACAAGUUCCUUUGACAGUGUUUCGUCUCAUUUCAGUUUAAACAAAACCGAUACGUUUGAAGAAUUGCAACAGGUACCUCAUUCGCCCCCGAUGACAAAAGCUAGAGAACUCAUAGAACGAGAAAAAAGCUGUGAUAACGAAUCAACCAGCGGUAGAAGCAGCAGCUGUGGCAGCUAUAGUGUUGAUGAAAGUAUGCUGAACAAACACCAAAUGUCCCAUUCCACUUCUGCGGCAUCGUCUACCGAAGACAUAAACGUUAGAGGAGCAAAAAUAAAUAGUGAGAAAAUUGCCAGGAUGAAUGAAAAAAUUGAAGAAAAAAAUCAAAAGUCCGCCGGGGGUAAAAAAAUAGUUGAAGAACCACUGAAAAGAGAUUUAAGUGCUGAUUCUGGUUAUCGAACAAUCAGAAGAAGUAAAGUGUGUACUUAUACUUCGAAUCAAAACGUACCAAAGUCUGUUAUGGGGAAUGGAGUGGUUUGUCACGGAGGACAAACUGAAUCCUCAGAUGAUACCAGUGAUGAAUGCUCUUGCGGUCGUACAAGAAGAACUAGCCCACGUUGUAGAAUGGUUGAUAAUCGUAGUCCAACUACGUUUCCUAGAACAAAGAAGAGAGCAGUUACCGAUGAAAUGCUUCGUAGAAGAUCAAUCCCUGCGAAAUCUCCUUCUUCCAGUGCUAUAGAUCGAAUGAAUGCUGUGGUGGCAAAUGCUCCUCAGACGAAAAAUGAUGUGAAUUCGUCCAAAGGACUGAUGGAAACGCCUACCGAAACAUCAAACGGAUUAAAAGCAAUCAGCGCCGAAUCUCUACGAUCAGCAAGUCCAGGAAGUGACUCAGUAUUUUACAGCGAACAUAGCAGUACAACUACGAUAGAACAUUCACUCUCGAGUCAUCACCACACCAGAGACAUAAGCUCAAAAUCAUCUCCCAUUGUAUUGAACUCUGUAGAAAAUGCAAUGUCACCUCAAAUCGAAGAUAUCGUUCAGCCUCCAGCUGGUUUCGAAGAUUCGCCCAGGAUGUGUCAGCGAACACCGCCUGGAAAGUUGUUCAAAAAACAAGAAAAACGGUAUCGUUCCGAAGAAAGAUAUUUUCCUAAAACUUACGCAGCAAAUGCUAGAGCUAAAUCCGAAGAACGAGUUAAGGAAUCUAAAAAAGAUAUCAGGCCCCUCGCAAGAUCAACCGACGUUAGUAUGGAAAGAUUACGAACGAGUCAUUCGAGCGCUGGUUCAGAUGAUGAAGAUUGGUUUGGUAUUUAUGCGGAAUCAUUUUUAUCUAAUUCCUGGAUACAUGUAUCCGAUGCUGAUGAAACAUUACCUUGGCAUCGUUCUGAUGAAGAAGAGCAAAAAUCAGGAAACAAAUUCAUGCAGAAUUAUUUGCUGAAGCAAAAGUCGAACGAUAUAACCGAUUCGGAGUGCGAAUUCCAUUACAAAUACGAAACGAUAAUAAAUAAUAUUAUUCAUCGAAAAAUGAGCACCGAGUUGCAAAAAUAUUUAGCAUCGAAUUCCUUCAAAAAUGUGAGACAUGUAGUCGUAUGCAGAGAUUCGGCCGAAUAUGGAUUUCGUAUACGAGGUUCCAGGCCUGUAAUAGUUUCAGUGGUUGAAUCGGCCAGUCCAGCUGCAUAUUCCGGGUUGCAAGUCGGAGAUGUUAUAUUAUGCAUUAAUAAUUACAACGUUUUAAAUGCCUCGCAUUCCGAUGUGUUGAAAAUAUUCCAAGAUUGUACCGAUUCGUUGGAUUUAGAAGUAGCCAGGACGAAAGAUAUUCUAUCGUCGUCUAGAUCAGCUCAAGAAAAUAAAUGCCUGAAACGAGGGUACAUGUGGAGACAAACUAUCAAUAAACAGUAUACGAGCUCUUGGAUGCUGCGUUUUUUUCGUCUCAAAGAAGAUCACUGCUUAUAUAGCUAUAAAAAUGAAUAUGAAAGUAUUCCAUUAGGGGCCACAAACAUGACAAAAUACACUGUUCAAAAAUUAAUAAAUUUCUCUCGUCCGAAUACAUUCCUGAUAACCAGAAAAGAGGGUAAAACUAUCUACCUGUCUCCGGAGACCGUCGAUGAUUACGACUCGUGGAUUUCAUUGAUCAGUACUACUGCCAAAUGCUACGACGAAGACGAAUACCAGUCAGAUCAAUUACUAAAAAUAACCGCCAAUAGUUUCUUAGAUUGCGAAUACAAGGGAUCAUUAUCGUCUCUGGUCCAUCACAAGGGUAAUCAUUGGAAAAGACAAUAUUGCAUAUUGAAAGAAGCUCGUUUAUAUCUUUUUACCGAUGCUAAAGCGAACGAAGCCAUCGGAUUGAUUUAUUUACACGGAUACAAAGUUCAAAGUUCGUCGUCAGCAUCGCGUCGACACGCCUUUGAAUUAAUACCGUCGGAUUGUACUUUCAAACAUUUUCUAUUUUAUACGGAAACAAGCGUUGAUAAAAGAAGAUGGAUGGCAGCAAUGGAGCAGUCAAUUGAACGCUGGAUCAAAGUCUCAUAACGAUAUGAAGUUUUCUCAGAUUAUUUUCGAUUUAUUUUAAUUGUUUUUUUUGUUUGUUUUUUUAAAAAAACAUCUGUACCUAAUCCGUUAGAUAUACCUACAGCGUCAAAUGGCCUAAGAAACGCGCUUCAUAUAGGAGGAAAACGAAAAAAUUGUAUUAGUUAUCGAACAAUUAGAUUUACAAAUCGAUUUAAAAUUUUCCAAGUGAUAAUUAUAACCAUCCGUAUCGUUUGUUGUUUUUUUUUUCGUCGUUCGUUUUUGUUUUCGAUUUUUUACUCGUUCAGUGUAUUAAGUAUUAUUCUUCUUUUAGAGAAUUUUAAAUGUUACUAUGAAUUACAAACGCGGAAUUAUGUUAUAAAUGCAGUUCCUCAUAUUGUUUUUAUGUACGUUUUAGUUUUCACAUUUGUAUUUUAUUAAAUAUAAGGAUUGAGUUUUUCGCUUUUUAUUUGUUCAACGAA